AUGUCUGCACAUUUCAAUCUCCUGGGAAAUCCUAACCCUACUUUCUGCGUCCAAUUCAAGCCCCAAUUCGGCGAUUUCUCUCUCAAGAAAACCACCCUUUCUGCUUCUACUUCUACCUCCAAUGACAAUGAUCAUUCUAAGGAGAACAGUGGAACCCAGAUCAAUGGCGGCCCUGAAGGGCCGUUGGUUUGGAGGGAUUUUAGUGAAUCUCGUGGCGGCUUGUUGUUUGGAGUUGCAGUGAUGGCGAAGAUGGUGUUGCCGGUGACCAAACGCGCUGUGGUCAGAUUCAAGUGGGGUGUGAAUUUUCCUUCUGAUUUUGGUGGGAAGAAAUUGCCAUUUUUGACGGUUGAUAAGAUUGGGAUUGAGAGGGUUGAUGAGGAGUAG